AUGAAUCUGACGCGUCGGAGUGGGAAACGGCGGCGUUCAGCGUCAAGCUCGGACUCGUUAUUGGGAAGCGGCGGUGACAGCAGUGUCAGCCCACUGUUCUUCUCUGGGUCUGUGCUGAGCCCGCCCUUAGGCCUGGGACGCUGCCUGAAGGACCGAGGCGGUCAGUCGGCCGCAGCUGCAGGGGAGUGCAAGCAGACAGUUGCUGACGACCAAAUAGACAAGCUGCUAUUGGAAAAUUGGGGACUUCCUAAAGCAGUUCUGGACAAAUAUCACAGUUUUGGUGUAAAAAAGAUGUUUGAAUGGCAGGCAGAGUGUCUCUUGCUUGGACAAGUCCUGGAAGGAAAGAAUUUAGUUUAUUCAGCUCCUACAAGUGCUGGGAAGACUCUUGUUGCAGAAUUACUUAUUUUGAAGCGGGUUUUGGAAAUGCGCAAGAAAGUUUUGUUUAUUCUUCCCUUUGUUUCUGUGGCUAAAGAGAAGAAAUACUAUCUCCAGAGUCUGUUUCAGGAAGUAGGAAUAAAAGUAGACGGUUAUAUGGGCAGUACCUCUCCAAUGGGGCAUUUCUCUUCCUUGGAUAUUGUAGUCUGCACAAUUGAGAGAGCCAAUGGUCUGAUCAAUCGCCUCAUAGAGGAAAAUAAGAUGGAUCUGUUAGGAAUGGUGGUUGUGGAUGAAUUACAUAUGUUGGGAGACUCUCACCGAGGAUAUCUACUGGAACUUUUGCUAACCAAGAUUUGCUAUGUUACUCAGAAAUCAGCAUCUUGCCAGGCAGAUUUAGCUAGUCCUGUGUCUAAUGCUGUGCAGAUUGUUGGCAUGAGUGCUACCCUUCCUAAUUUGGACCUUGUGGCGUCUUGGUUGAAUGCUGAACUCUACCAUACUGACUUUCGUCCUGUACCACUUUUGGAGUCAGUAAAAAUUGGAAAUUCCAUAUAUGACUCUUCAAUGAAGCUUGUGAGGGAAUUUCAACCCAUUCUACAAGUGAAGGGAGAUGAGGACCAUGUUGUUAGUUUAUGUUAUGAGACCAUUCGUGAUAACCAUUCAGUAUUACUUUUUUGUCCAUCAAAGAAAUGGUGUGAGAAGCUGGCAGAUACCAUCGCCCGAGAAUUUUAUAAUCUACACCAUCAAGCUGAGGGAUUGGUAAAACCACCUGAAUUCCCACCAGUAGUGCUGGAACACAAAGACCUUCUGGAAGUGAUGGAUCAGUUAAGACGUUUGCCUUCAGGACUUGACUCUGUAUUACAGAAAACUGUACCAUGGGGAGUAGCAUUUCACCAUGCAGGCCUUACUUUUGAAGAGAGGGAUAUCAUUGAAGGAGCCUUCCGUCAAGGUCUCAUUCGGGCCUUGGCAGCAACUUCUACUCUUUCUUCUGGGGUGAACUUACCUGCACGUCGUGUGAUUAUUCGAACCCCAAUAUUUGGUGGCCGACCUCUAGAUAUUCUUACUUAUAAGCAGAUGAUUGGUCGUGCUGGCAGGAAAGGAGUAGACACAGUAGGUGAGAGUAUCUUAGUUUGCAAGAAUUCUGAGAAAUCAAAAGGCAUAGCUCUACUUCAGGGAUCUCUAAAACCUGUUCGCAGCUGUCUGCAAAGACGAGAAGGAGAAGAAGUAACUGCUAGCAUGAUACGAGCUAUUCUGGAGAUAAUAGUUGGUGGCGUGGCAAGUACAUCAGAAGAUAUGCAGACUUAUGCUUCUUGCACAUUUUUGGCUGCAAGUAUGAAAGAAGGGGGGAAGCAAAGAAUUCAGAGAAAUCAAGAUUCUGUUCAACUUGGAGCAAUUGAAGCCUGUGUGAUGUGGUUAUUAGAAAAUGAAUUUAUCCAGAUUACAGAAACCAGUGGUAGAACAGAAGGGAAGGUGUAUCAUCCGACACAUCUUGGCUCUGCUACUCUUUCUUCUUCACUUUCCCCGAUUGAUACUUUAGAUAUUUUUGCUGACCUCCAAAGAGCAAUGAAGGGCUUUGUUUUAGAGAGUGACCUUCAUAUUGUCUAUCUGGUUACACCUAUGUUUGAGGAUUGGACUACUAUUGAUUGGUAUCGAUUUUUCUGUUUAUGGGAGAAGUUGCCAACUUCCAUGAAAAGGGUGGCAGAGCUAGUGGGAGUUGAAGAAGGGUUCUUGGCUCGCUGUGUGAAAGGAAAAGUAGUUGCUAGAACUGAGAGACAGCACCGACAAAUGGCCAUCCAUAAAAGGUUUUUCACCAGUCUUGUGCUAUUAGAUUUAAUCAGUGAAAUUCCCUUAAAGGAAAUUAAUCAGAAAUAUGGAUGCAAUCGUGGACAGAUUCAAUCUUUGCAACAGUCAGCUGCUGUUUAUGCAGGGAUGAUUACAGUAUUUUCCAACCGUCUGGGGUGGCACAACAUGGAACUACUACUUUCCCAAUUUCAGAAGCGUCUUACAUUUGGCAUCCAGAGGGAGCUGUGCGACCUGGUCCGGGUAUCCUUACUUAAUGCACAGCGAGCCAGGGCCCUCUAUGCUUCUGGCUUUCUUACUGUGGCAGAUCUUGCUAGAGCAAAUAUUGCUGAGGUGGAGGUGGUUCUCAAAAAUGCUGUACCUUUCAAAAGGGUUUUCCAGAAUAUGGAAUUUAGAAGUCCAGGGCCAUUUGCUAAAAAUGUAUCCUUUUGUGCUGAGGAAAAAUGUAACAAAACAUUAUUCCCAUUACAAAUAAAGCAAAGUUGUUCAAGGAACAGAACAAUAACUAAUGAUACUCUUGUGGAACAUUGUAUCACAGGAUCCCAGAGUAAAAACAUGGAUUGUCAAGCCACUAGGGCGGUUAGUGAAAAUGGAAGAGGAUUAGGUGUUGUUGAGACAGAAAAAAUAAAUGAAGUGCUGCUACAAAAUGAUUCAGAAAACCAGAAUGUUUAUGUGAAACACCAUGACACUUAUCCAAUUAACCACUGCCCAGAAAAGCAAUCUAAUAAACAGACAAACACUUAUACCAAACAGAAAAACAUAGUAGAGAGACAAAUGCCCUGUGAGGCAGUCAGUAGUUAUAUGAAUAGAGACUCAAAUGUUACGACUAUUGAAUGUGAAAGUAUAAAGUUUAAUACUGAGGAAAAGAAACUAAAUCAUUUUCAGACAUUAGGAGAUAAUAUAAACAAAACUGAGAUACCCAGUGAAAUACUUGUGUCAACUGGAACAUUUGGUAAAUUAGGAGGCCAGCAUGAGAAUUUUCUAAAUACCUCUAGAAUACGAGGAAAAACAGACCCUUAUGCAACAAACAAAACUAAUCAUGUUUCUGACUUAGGGUUAGUCCUCUGUGAUUUUGAAGAUAGUUUCUACCUGGAUACUCAGUCAGAGAAAAUAAUACAACAGAUGGCAACUGAAAAUGCCAAACAAGGAGCAAAAGGCACCAACCUGGCAGCAGGGAUGAUGCAGAAGAGCUUAGACAAACAGAACUUGAUUAGCUCUUUUCAGAAUGAAUUUCAUAUUACUUUCCCUGGUGAACAGCAUUCUCCAGGAAGGACUCAUAUAGAUCAUUUGAGCUUUAAGACUGUAGGUACUAUGAAACAAAGCACUGAUUCUCAUGGGGUUGAUAUCCUGACUCCAGAAAACCCAAUUUUUCAUUCUCCAAUACUAUUGGAGGAAAAUGCUCUUUGUUUUAAAGGGAAUGAACUUUCUGUUACUGACUCCCAAUUAAAUAGUUUUCUUCAAGAUUAUCAAACACAAGAAACUGUGAAACCAGUCACACCUCUGCUUCCUCAAAAGAGAACUCCCACUGGUAUAGAAGGAAAAUGUCUGCCAGUUCAUGAAACAAGUCUGAAUAUGAGUGAUAGUUUACUAUUUGACAGUUUCAGUGAAGACUACCUAGUAAAAGAACAACCACCUGAUAUGCAAGCAAAAGAACCCCUUCCUUCUGAAAUAACAUCAAACCAUUUCAGUGAUUCUCUGUGUUUACAACAAGAAGGCCCAAUUAAACAAUCAAAUACGAAGAAGAAUGAAGAUAUCCAGCAGCAAUUGACUUGUUUCAGUGAUGAAUCUAUUAUGUUUUCAGAAAUGGAUUCUGUUCAGAUGGUUGAAGCUUUGGACAGUGUAGGUGUAUCUUCUGUCCAAGAGAAACAUAAUACUGUAGUAUCUCUUAAAGCAUUAGAACUAAGUGAUCCAGUGAUUGUAGGUAAUGACCACUCCCAAGAAGUAGUAAUUGGAGACGAUCAAGAUGAAAGGGCUCAAAAGUCCAAAUUAACUGGGACAGGGCAAAGUCAUUCAUUCAUAUGGUCAGAGUCAUCAUUUGACCUAAGUCCAGGACUACAAAGGAUUUUAGAUAAAGUGUCCAGUCCUCCAGGAAAUGAAAAGCUAAAAUUAAUGACUAUAAACUUGUCUGGUUUGAAAAGAAAAAAUACAGAGUUAAACGAGAAACAGGAGGCGAUUUCAAAUUUGGAGACAAAUGAAGUGCAGGGAUUUUCAUUUUCCCCUAACAAUGAAGUAAAAACCAAGAUUGAGGCACGAGAGAACAAUGCCAAUCAUGGUGAAACCUCAUCCCUCUUGCCUUAUAAAGAAAGCUGUAUAGUUGAUGAUAAUGGUCUCAUUCCUCCCACACCCAUUCCAGCAUCUGCUUCUAAGCUGGUAUAUCCAGGGAUUCUUGGACCACCUGUGGAAUUUUGGAAAACUAGUAGUGUUUUACAACCUGGUGAAAGUUAUUCGUUUGGCUUACCUUCAGAUAUUAAAGACCGCAAUUUAAAUCCAGAGAAUAGAAAUGAUUUCAAAGAUGACAACCCUAUUAGAGACACAAAUUUUUCACUGCAGUCAUCACAGGAUGGAUUGCAGUUAACUCCAGCCUCAUGCAGUUCAGAAAGUUUGGCCAUAAUUGAUGUAGCAAGUGACCAAACUCUUUUUCAAACAUUCAUUAAGGAAUGGCAGUGCAAAAAGCGAUUUUCCAUCUCACUGGCUUGUGAAAAGAUUAGAAGUUUGACAUCUUCUAAAACUGCUACUAUUGGUGGUAGAUUUAAGCAAGAUGCACAGUUUGAGUUCGCUGAGAGACACCUGGUUUUCAAGCCUACUUCAGAACUGGAUCAGCCAGAAGCAUUGCGAGAAUAUUCUGAUUGCUAUCCCAUUCAGGUGGCAUGCUGGUUACUAGAUCCAGAUUCUAAGGAGCCAACUCUUCAUAGCAUAGUUACCAGUUUUCUUCCUCAUGAGCUUCCACUCCUAGAAGGGAUGGAGACUGGCCAAGGAAUUCAAAGCCUGGGGCUGAAUGUCAGCACAGAGCAUUCUGGGAGAUAUAGAGCAUCUGUAGAGUCCAUUCUCAUCUUCAACUCUAUGAAUCAACUCAACUUAUUGUUGCAGAAGGAAAACCUUCAAGAUGUUUUCCGUGAAGUGGAAAUGCCCUCUCAGUACUGCUUGGCCUUGCUAGAACUAAAUGGAAUCGGCUUUAGUACUGCAGAGUGUGAAAGUCAGAAACACGUAAUGCAAGCCAAGCUGGAUGCAAUUGAGACCCAGGCCUAUCAACUAGCCGGCCACAGUUUUUCUUUCACCAGUUCAGAGGACAUUGCUAAGGAUGUUUUAAAUAAAUUAAAGGCAUUACAUCCUUUACCAGGCUUGAUACUGGAAUGGAGAAGAAUCACUAAUGCAAUUACCAAAGUGGUCUUUCCCCUGCAGCGGGAAAAGCGUCUGAAUCCUUUUCUUGGAAUGGAAAGAAUCUAUCCUGUAUCACAAUCACACACUGCUACAGGACGAAUAACCUUUACAGAACCAAAUAUUCAGAAUGUGCCAAGAGAUUUUGAGAUCAAAAUGCCAACACUAGUAGGGGAAAGCCCACCUUCCCAAGCCAUAGGCAAAGGCCUGCUUCCCAUGGGCAGAGGACAAAAUAAGAAGGGCUGUAGCCUGAACCCUGGGCGCCAGGCACAGAUGGAAGAGAGAGCUGCAGAUAGAGGAAUGCCAUUUUCGGUUAGCAUGCGACACGCCUUUGUGCCUUUCCCAGGUGGUUUAUUAUUGGCUGCUGAUUACUCUCAGCUUGAACUGAGGAUCUUGGCUCAUUUAUCCCAUGAUCAUCGUCUCAUUCAAGUAUUAAACACUGGAGCUGAUGUUUUUAGGAGUAUUGCAGCAGAAUGGAAGAUGAUUGAACCAGAUUCUGUUGGGGAUGAUCUGAGGCAACAAGCAAAGCAGGUAAUCUUAGUGAACAUGCUUAAUAUAAAUAAGAAGAAUUUAAUGAAUAAAAAAAGGAUUAAUCAUUUCAUGAGAGAGACAGUGAAGAAUUGUAAAAGAGAUGGGUUUGUUCAGACCAUUUUGGGAAGGCGUAGAUAUUUGCCAGGAAUCAAAGACAACAACCCUUAUCAUAAAGCUCAUGCCGAGCGUCAGGCUAUCAAUACAACAGUCCAGGGAUCAGCGGCUGAUAUUGUCAAAAUAGCCACAGUUAACAUUCAGAAGCAAUUAGAGGCCCUGCACUCAACCUUCAAAUCCCAUGGUCAUCGAGACGGCAUGCUCCAAAGUGACAGAACAGGAUUGUUACCAAAGAGAAAACUGCAGGGGAUGUUCUGCCCAAUCAGAGGAGGCUUCUUCAUCCUUCAACUCCAUGAUGAACUCUUAUAUGAAGUGGCAGAAGAGGAUGUUGUUCAGGUAGCUCAGAUUGUCAAGAAUGAGAUGGAAAAUGCCAUAAAACUUUCUGUGAAACUGAAAGUGAAAGUGAAAAUAGGUGCCAGCUGGGGAGAGCUGAAGGACUUUGAUGUAUAACUGU